AUGAACCACCUUCCACAGGCAUGGGGCCGUCCUAGAGACGAUGUUUACGGUGCCUACGAUCCCUCGCACUUUUCAUCCGAUGGCCCAAAUCAGCACACUCAGAGCCCGAUUGUUACCGGUACCUCAGUACUCGCGGCCAAGUUCAAGGAUGGCGUAGUCAUUGCGGCGGACAACCUGGCUUCAUACGGAUCCCUCGCCCGUUUCACCGACGUCAAGCGUCUACGAAAGUUCAACGAUGAGGUAGUCGUGGGUUUCGGCGGCGACGUCUCGGACAUGCAGUACAUCGACCGCCUUCUGAACUCCCUGGACAUCCGCGAGAACUACUCUUCUUCUGAGAACUCGCUCAAUGCGAAGAACCUCCACACCUACCUCGCCAAAGUCAUGUACAACCGCCGAUCCAAGUUCGACCCACUGUGGAACCACUUGCUUAUUGUUGGCAUGGAUGGCGAGUCGAAGCCCUUUCUCGCAAGUGCAGACCUCCUCGGUACUACUUUCACAUCGCCAUCGUUAGCCACAGGUUUCGGUGCACAUCUCGCCCAGCCAAUUCUGAGGACCAUAUUGCCAGACGAGGCCGCUGUGGAGAACGUCACAAAGGAGCAGGCAGUGGAGAAGAUCAAGGAGUGUAUGAAGGUUCUCUUCUACAGGGAUGCUAGGAGUAUGGACAAGUACUCAAUUGCGGUCGUGACCAAGGAGGGUGUUGAAUUGGACGAGAAUGUCAAGCUGGAGAACCAGAGCUGGGCCUUUGCAGACAGGAUCAGGGGAUACGGCACGCAGACUGUGUAG